ACUACACCAGACCACAAAACAGCAUUAAAGAGAAAGCAAGCGGCAGCUCAGAGGCAGACAGUGGGAAGGAGAGAACUGAGAGAAGGAAGGCGCCAUGCAGAGGCUUGGUGCAGUGCACUCCUCCGCGGUGCAGGCUCUCAGCCUCGUGGUCUUAGUGCUGCAGCUGCUGACUCAGCUACCGGGUGCCGACUCAGCUCUCCGGUACCGAGUGGCGGAGGAGGGCCCACCUGACGUCAAGAUUGGCAACGUGGCCGCCGACCUGGGGCUCACAGCAGGUACAGGAAGCGGGGACGUCACCUUUGCCCUGGAGAGUGGCUCAGAGUUCUUCAAAAUUGACAAUGUGACAGGUGAGCUGACAACUGGCCCAAAACGCAUCGACAGAGAGAAGCUCCCACAGUGCCAGAUGAUAUUUGAUGAAAAUGAGUGUUUCUUGGACUUUGAAGUGUCAGUUAUUGGACCACUGCAGAGCUGGGUAGACCUGUUUGAAGGUCGUGUUGUCAUAACAGACAUCAAUGACAACACACCUUCUUUCCCCUCACCUGUUCUCCAGCUCUCAGUUGAGGAGAAUCGCCCCAUAGGAACCCUUUACCUGCUGCCCACAGCAACAGACAGGGAUUUUGGCCGAAAUGGCAUUGACCGGUAUGAGCUGAUUCAAGAUGGUGCUGCUGGGUCAAGUUCAACAAGACGCACAGCAGGAGGAAACCCCAUUGCGAGAGUGGAUGGACUUGGCGAUCGGAGGGGUAGAAGUGGAGAUAAUGGAGGAGGACCCCGGAGCACUGUGUUUGAACUACAAGUUGCAGACAUACCAGAUGGGGAAAAACAACCACAGCUAAUUGUGAAAGGCACUUUGGAUCGUGAGCAGAAGGACUCAUAUGAGCUCAUCCUCAGGGUUCGAGAUGGUGGAAACCCACCACGUUCCUCCCAAGCCCUACUUCGUGUUUCCAUCACUGAUGUGAAUGACAACAGUCCACAGUUUGAGAGGUCCACAUAUGAGGCAGAAAUGGCAGAAAACGCACCUCCAGGUACACCUGUCCUCCAAGUCAGAGCUUCAGACCGCGACAUUGGAGUCAAUGGGCAAGUUGAGUAUGUCUUUGGAGCGGCCACUGAAUCCGUCAGGCGACUUCUGCGGCUGGACGAGGCAACUGGAUGGCUGAGUGUGCUUCACAGGAUUGACAGGGAAGAUGUGUCCCAACUGAGGUUCACAGUAACAGCAAGAGACCGAGGUCAGCCACCCCGCACUGACCGCACCACUGUUAUUUUGGCUGUCCGGGACGAGAAUGACAAUGUCCCAGUCGUGGAAAUCCGAAAGAUUGGACGGAUCCCUGUUAGAGAUGGAGCAGCAUUAGUUCCAGAGAACGUUCUGGUGGACACACCAGUAGCUCUGGUACAGGUGUCAGACCGAGACCAGGGAGAGAAUGGAGCUGUGACGUGCACAGUCGUAGGAGACGUCCCAUUCACAUUGAAGCCAGCUGGUGAAACAGCACUCCCACCCAUGCCUGCAGAUGAAGCCUUUGACAGGAAUAAGAAAAAAUACUUCCUACAUACUUCCGCCUUGCUGGACUAUGAGGCCACUAAAGAGUACAGUGUUACCAUUGUGGCAGUAGAUUCUGGCAGCCCCAGUCUUUCAAGCAACAGUUCACUGAUGGUGCGUGUAGUAGAUAUCAAUGACCAUGCCCCCAUCUUUGCCCAGAGUGUUGUGGAAGUCCACUUUGCUGAGAACAACUCACCUGGUGAAAGAGUAGUCACCGUGUUAGCCACAGAUGCAGACAGCGGCAAGAAUGCUGAGAUGGCAUACUCCCUGGACCCUGCUGGUAACGGUCAAUUUUACAUAGAUGCAGAUAAUGGAGAUAUCCGUGCCACAGGGGUUCUUGAUCGCGAGGAGCGAGAGAGGUAUGAACUUCGGGUUAUUGCCAAGGACAAGGGUACACCUUCACUGCAAGGCUCUGCAACAGUUGUUGUUCAGGUGACCGACCGCAACGACAAUGCGCCAAAGUUUGUUCAGGAAAUCUUUACAUUCUACGUGAAAGAGAACCUGCUUGCCAACAGCCCAGUAGGCAUGGUCACUGUGACAGAUGCUGAUGAAGGCGAGAACGCAGAACUUAGUCUGUUCGUAGAAAUGGAUGGAGUUGAUGAGAAGAAGUCAGUAGAGAAGGUAGAAGGAGAAGAUAGUGAGAAAGAGCGGGAAGAGGGGUUUUCCAUUGACAACAACACAGGAACUAUCUUUUCUUCUGCAUCGUUUGACCGUGAAAAGCUUUCCACCUACACCUUCCGUGUCCGGGCUGUGGAUGGUGGUGAACCCCGUAAAACUGCCACCGCCACUGUCUCUCUCUUUGUGACGGAUGAAAAUGACAACGCCCCCUCAAUCACCUCUCCAUCCAAUGAGUCCUACACUCUCCUUCCACCUGCCAGCAGUGCCCGUACCAUUGUCAGGACUGUAACUGCAAUAGACUCAGACACUGGCCCAAAUGCAGACCUUCGCUAUGCCCUGGUUGGGGGAAAUCCCUUCCGACUGUUUGAGAUUGGCCUCACUAAUGGAGUGAUCACACUGGCAGAACCUCUGGAGCGGCGCCACAGAGGUCUGCACCGCCUGGUGGUCCGGGUCAAUGAUAGUGGAGCCCCCUCCCUUUGUGCCACUGCCCUGGUUCAUGUCUUCAUCAACGAGAGCUUGGCCAACGCAACCCUUGUGGAUGCACAGGUUGCCCGAAGUUUGAUGGCUCCACUGUCACUGGACAUCGCGGGGGACCCAGACAGCGAGCGUGCAUUAGGGAAACAGCGCCUCAGUGUAGCUAUUGGUGUCCUGGCGGGGGCCGCAGCGGUCAUUCUGGUGAUCCUACUUGUAGUCACAGCUCGGCAGUGUGGGGCUCAGGGCAAAAAUGGCUAUGAGGCCGGUAAGAAGGAGCCAGAGGAAGACUUCUUCAGUCCUCCAGGAGCUCAACCACAGGCUGGCCGCAGCAGGGGAUCAGACCGGGGACGCAAACCACGGCGGGACAAACGCAAUGGAAGUGGCACCAAUGUAGCGGUGGGAGGAGGAAAAGCAGACAGAUCCCUCUACAGUGGUAUUGUUACAGUCAACGGGCUGCGCCGGCAUGCAAAUGAUGAAGAUGAAGAGGAUCUGAGCAGUGCUAGUGAACGCCUCGCAGCACGCUACUGCGCUAUGGACGGUGACCCCGGAAGCCCACGGAUGGGCGGUGGCAGGAGGCACCAGUCAAGCCCAGAUCUGGCCAGGCACUACAAAUCCAGCUCACCUCUCCCUGCAGUGAAUCUACAGCCCCACUCCCCCCCAGCUGAAGGAAAGAAGCACCAGGCGGUCCAGGACCUGCCUCCCUCCAACACCUUUGUGGGCAGUGGGGGUUGUGUGGGGAGUGCCGGCUCCAGCAGCAGCAGUAGUGGGGGCAGUGGCAACGCAGAUGCUAUGUCCCUGGGAUCUGACCAGUGCUCCGAGUACGGCUGCCAGACUGGGAACAAGUACAGCAAACAGGGGACCCUUCGCCGGGUGACCUUCUCUGUAGUCAGCCAGCCCCAGGACGGAGGUUGCUAUGACAGUGGCCUGGAAGACUCGGAGACGCCGAGCAGCAAGAGUUCAUCAGGGCCGCGACUGGGAGCCCUGCCUCUGCCCGAGGAAGGCUAUGAGCGGACCACACCGGAAGGAAGUGUGGGCGAAGAAGAGCAUGUGGAGAAUGAUGCCAGACAGCUGCCAGACGUAGCACUGACAGGAAAGUGUACGAGGGAGUGUGAUGAGUUCGGCCACUCGGACACUUGUUGGAUGCCUGUUCGCACUUCGCCCCGCCAGCGUCAGCGCCAUGGCAGCGAUCCCCCACGGCUCUCCACUUUCACUCCUGGCGACGAUAAUAACAAUCUCCGCGGCAACGACCAUGAGAGCGACAGCGAGAGUGCUGGCAGUGCCGGGAGCUCAGAACCCGGGAUGGUGGUCAGUGGAGAAGGUCAGAGAUUACCCUUAGUCAACGGGGAUCCUCUCGGCACCCUGGGUAGUGGAGACCGCAACAGGAACAUGGGCGAUCACAACCGUAAUCUUCUGAACCGCAAGAUGACUUCGGCAUCCUAUGAUACAUUUAGCAGUGCAGGCUUUGGGAGGCGCCAGCAAGACGAGGAAGGAGGAGAAGGCCAGAACCCACCUGAGGUCAUUCCACUGACGCGGACAGGAGGGGACUACAAGACCACGUCCUGCCUCACAUUGUCACGCCGAGAGGUCUACCUGUGACAGCCUUGCAAUUGAGCAAUCAUCACCACACUACUCCAUUUUCUGAAAAACAGAGAGGGUUGAGAAAAGAUGUUUUCUAAAAGCUGUUUAUCAAAUUGGAACUUUUGGAUUCUGACUAUUAUUUAUAGGCAUCUUAACUUAAUCAAGUGAUGGACUAACUCUUCUGAAAGCUCUGAAUAAGAGUACUUUCAAAAAAAAGAAGUCUUUUUUAACUACUACUGAAAGUUGCUUUUAAGCAAAUAUCCUCUUGUAUGUCCAUAUGGAGGAAGACAAAUUCUUCUCUUUUUCUUUGUACCUGAAUCAAAUGCAUGCCUGACCCUCUGCCACAGAGGGAUUUGAGUGAAGAAGAGAAAGACUGAGACUGAGUGAAUCCUGAUGCUAAAAAUGCCUCAGUUCAUAUAAAAACUUUUAGUGAGGCUAUAGCAGGCAAGAUUUGGACUCAUCUGGUGAACCAUCUGCUGAAAACCACCGAGGUCUUAUCCAGCCAAAAUAGUUGAAAAUAAAUAACGGGUCUUCGAUUGAGUUAUUUGGAUCUAACUCAAAUCAAUCAAACUCUCAAAUUCAGAGCCUAAUAAACUCUAUGGUAACAAGACAAACAUAUUAACCAAUUAAACUGCUUAUCCCGUGAGAACCUUAACAAGUCUUAAAAAAGUAUUAAAGAACUGACAAAGUGUGUCACUGUACAGUUAUAUUGUAGAAAUACGUGCUGAUCUCUUAAAUCAGGUAUCUUUAAAAACAAAUGAUUCAGAACAAACUGCAACAAUGUCAAAAUGCCUUUUUUUUUACGGCAAUCCAAUGUAACCAUUCAGAAUACAAGGUUCCCGUAGUGUCAGUAGUACCACUGAAUUCCGGCGCGUGUGAAAAUAUGUCUUCAUUAUUUUGCCUUUACACCCAGUCUGUAUGUAUAUAUUGUAUGUGUGUAUUUGCUAAGACGGCAAUGUUAAUCCUUGCGACUGUCCACAGUUUCAGAGUAGACUGAGGUGCUGUGUCCAUUACACACCUACAGUAUCCAAACAGUGUUCCUCUAUCAUAACUGUUCUUUCGCACACACACGUGCACACAUAUACACAUGCACGCAUGCACGCACUUACACAAACACACAGACCUAAGCAUGAAAACACAAACUCAUACAGUGCAUUUACAGAAUGUGAACAUGCAUAGGGCCUCAGAUUAUGACAUGAUUCAGUGGCUGUGAAACAUAGAGUAUAUAAUAACUUGCAUUAACUUUCAUACAGAAAACAUAAGGCACGCACACACACACACACACACACACACACACACACACGCUCACAUACUAUACAUCAUAUUAAAGUAGAGAGACAAACUCAUUUAAGGAUUUGCGCAAUGCGCGAUUCAUAUGCACUGUGUGUAUGUGCUCUUAAUCAUCAUUUCUUUACAUAUUGCCUCUCAUUAAAGUAGCCGUAGCAUUUUGCCUGCUCCCCCCAGCAAGUAUUUAAACAUGAAAUGUAUUUAAAUAAUUACUCAUCCCUCUGACUGAUGUGUGGGGCUUCAUUAAAAGGAAUUUCAGACAUGUCAUCUACUGUAUGUAAUGAUACUGUAAGUAGGACUAAUAGGAAAACCAAAUUUCUGUAAGAAAAAAAAGGAAAUGAAAAAAACUCUGCAUGAAAAAAAGAUAAUACCUUUUUUUCUCUUUUCUUAACCAUGAGCCUUUUGGAUACCACGCCUAUUUGGAUACAUGUGUAUUUUAUGUAUGUGCUCACAGGGAAAUAGAGAUGAUGGCAGCAAGUGAGUUAGUUUCAGUGGAUUAAACUGUUCCUACUUUAUCAUGGAGUAAGUUUGGGUAACCUUGGGCCAUUCUCUCAGUUCCUAUGGCCUGAAGUUGACAAAAUGUGUCCCGCAGGUUGUAACAAAAAAAACACAACUUAAUGGCAGCGCAGAGUUGGCUGUACUCUUUGCACCGCACAGUGCCGACCUGAACACGCCCAUACCGCUGUGCUGAACUGCACAGAUAACAGACUCCUUCACAUUCGUCCUCCUUGCAGCUACCGCACGACUCCAGACACACUCUGCUGCACUGGGCUGAGGAGUGGGUGUGGAUCGAGGCCAGCACAUCUUAAUUCCCAUCAUCAGUGUGUGGUUCAGUGGUGUGAUAGGAAUAAUAGGGUUAGGUCGUCCCUGUGGUCUUAAUGAGUUUCUUUUCUCCUCUCUUCUCCUCCCUUGAUCUGCACUGAUCUCAUUAAUGUCCGGAUUGGCAAAUGUAACACUGCUGAAAAUUGCCAGUAAGCGUGUCUCUUCAUUUUACCGGUUGUUAUGGAUCAGAUAAGACGAAGGAGACAUGCUUGUGCUUGAUGUGCUACAAUUUAGUUCACAGAUCUUUGUAGAGCAUAGAGUAUGUCAGAAAGGAGAGUAACACUCAGGUAAGAUGUGCGACAAUGUUCCACUUGUUAACUAACUACACCGUUGCUGCUUGACUGUCCCCUCACUGAAAGGUAACCAAACAUGUGGAAACAGUGAAAUAGGAAGUCUUCAUUUUACAACGGUAAUCAUCCUCAGAAAAGUGUGUGUUCAUGUGCGUGAUUACACUUUGUAUACCUGUAUAUACCUUGAACUUUACAACUCUGUGAAUGACUCCCUGCUUGUUUUAGGCCACUGAUGUGCUUACUCCCUAAGCUUUCAUUACCCCCAAAUCCCCAACAUAGCUGUUAACGGAGCUCUGUUACUGAUGGACUGUGCUGAAGAACUUAAAGCGUAACGCACGGAGUUAAUCUGUUGAAAAGGGUUUGGUGAAUACAAUCACAGCUUCCUCUGCUUCUGCUCCGCUUCUUACUCUGAGGGACAGAAGGACACAUGCUCUUUCUCUGGGAGAAAGAGUAGAGAUAAGUGUUUCUCCAUCCCUUGGAGGCGAUGUCCAUUUAGUACAUUUUGGACCGAGACUCUUGACACAGCCCUGCCUUCUCAAAGUGGCAGAUAUUUCUACAAACUGCUGUUUUAUGGCAGUUCCAUUAUGGCACCUUUCAAACCUUCUCAUUAAGAUUUAAGGGAACUUGCUGUACAUGAAUCUGUGUGAGUGUGUAUCUUUUUUUAUACUGCACGUUUAAACAUGAAUAUCUUUCAGUCAACUGGAAAACAGAGAGGGGAGACAAACAUAUUGGAGCCUAACAUGUGAGAUCCAUCACCUACUAAUCGGGACAUUUUGAAAAAAAAGACACUUUGGCGCACAUCAUGUAACUGUCAUCCCCUCGUGCUGUUAACCUUAUAGCCAUGUACAGAUAAAACUACACUGUAGAACAGACAACUGGAAACCAUAACAGACAAUGGCAUGCCUAAGGUCUUCAAAUCUGCACUUGAGAAAAAAUUAGAAAAAACUGUUAUUUUUAUUUUCCUCUUCUUUGUUUUCUUUUCUUAAGGGGCUGGCUCUGUUUUUUGCUGCUCCCUUCCUGUAAUUACAUAAUGAACUAAUUGCAUUUGCUAUGACGAGGAAGAUGAGGAGAUGCCGACGUAUGGUUUGGUAUGAGGAAGAAUCGUGUAAAUGUUUGACUUUGACAUUAAAAACUUCAAACACU